AUGUAAUAGGUAGAAAGAUCAUGGGAUAUGUUAAAACCUUCUGCAAGAGCUUAAGUAUCGUUAAAUCCAAUAAGAAAUUGGGUUGAACAUGUAGUACCAGAAGUAGAAAAAGCAGGAAAAUAAGAAGGAAGACCAGAAAAAAAAAUUGUCUUCCUUCUUGGUGAUCCUACUGCUUAUCCAAAAUUCUAAACUCCCAAUGAAUAUAAGGUAACGGUAGCGAAUUCUGUUGGAAAAAUAGAUGGUUAUACAGACUUUUUUGGUGACCUAAAGGUGAGAACUCAGUUGGCAGAAGUGUUAUCAUCACAUCAUAGAAAAUUAGAUGCAGAUGAUAUUAUUCUUGCAAGUGGUGGCAGUGGAGCUCUCUUUUAUGCUACAUUAGCUUUAGCUAAACCUGGAGACAAGAUCUUAAUGCCUAGACCAACAUUUCCAUUGGUUAAAGCAUUUGCUGAUUUCUAUAGCAUUUAAGUUGUUUUUUAUGAUUUAAAUCCAGGAACUUGGUAAGUUAACAUUGUAGAAUUGGAAUAAAUUUAUGAGUAGAACCCAGAUAUCAAAUUUAUUUUAGUCAAUUCUCCAAGUAAUCCUAUGGGUAGCGAGUUAAGUCCAUAAGCUUUAACAGAAAUUGUAAAUUGUAAUAUAAUCAUAUAUUAUCAAAAUUAGUUUGUGAAAGACAUAAUAAUCUUCCUAUAGUGAGUGAUGAAAUCUAUGAAAAUAUGAUUUUCGAAAAGAGAGAAUUUAAAUUCAUAUCUGAUUAUGCUAAAACUGUUCCUGUUUUGAGAUGUUCUGGUUUAACCAAAAAAUGUCUCGUCCCUGGUUGGAGAUUAGGUUGGUUAGCUCUAUAUGGAGAAGGAGACACCUUCAAAGAAGUUAAAAAAGCCUUAAGAAAUAUUUCAAACAUUUUAUUGAUGCCCAAUACAAUAUGUUAGGCAGCACUUUGUGAUGUAUAUAAAAAGAGUUUAGAUAUUAUUCCUGAAAAAAUGGAUGAACUUCAUGCCAGGUAUAAAGCAUUACAUCAUGGACUUCAUGAUGCUUAUGGAAUUAGUGUUGGAGAAACUAAAGGGGCUAUGUAUUCAACGUUGAUUAUUAAUAUUGAAGAGUUUUCAGACAUUAAAUCUUCAAUAGAUUUUGCAAAGAAGCUUUAAUAAGAGUAGAAUGUCUUAGUCUUUCCUGGAGAGUUGUUCUAUGGAGAAAAGUUUGUUAGAUUGGUCAUUUGUUGUGAUCUAGAAAUAAUAGAAGAAGCUUGUUAAAGAAUAAAGAAGUUCUGUUUAGAUCAUAAAAAAGUGUGA